ACGUCGCACUCGCUGAUUGGACGUGACCUCCGAGGGUCAACCCGGGUGUACGCAUGCGCAGUCAGUGUCCCCCUUCUCAAAGCGUCAAUUAGAAGCGUCAGCAGUGUUAAAUCCUGUGAAGUCCUAAAGCACGGCGAGAAACAAGAGAGAGUUAAUAGAUUUAUUUUCUCACUCGGUGUUUGUUGAUAAAGGAGUGAAGGAGUGAAGGAGUGGUGGAGGAUGACUAGCGGCUCGAGUAAGAAGAAAGAAGAGGUUCAUGUGGCUAACGGAGGGCUGAAGCAGUCCACAUGGAGCAAAGCGCUGAGCAGUAGAGCUGUGUGGGACGACAAGGAUGAGUUUUUAGACGUGGUGUACUGGUUCAGACAGAUCAUCGCCAUCAUCCUGGGAGUCAUCUGGGGCGUCGUUCCGCUGAAGGGCUUCCUGGGAAUCGCCAUCUUCUGCCUGGUGAACGCCGGCGUCCUGUACGUUUACUUCAGCAGCUUCCAGCAGGUGGAUGAGGAGGAGUACGGAGGAACAUGGGAGCUCACAAAAGAAGGCUUCAUGACCUCUUUCGCUUUAUUCCUGGUGGUGUGGAUAAUCUUCUACACAGCGCUGCACUAUGACUGAGGUCCGGUAGAGAACCCGCUCUAAAGCAGCGUAGAACACUCGGCUGUACGGUGGGGUCCGGGGACGGGCUGCACACGGCCGGCACUGGGCUUCACACACGUCACCAGCAGUGCACCGGAGCCUCCCGACCCAGGUGCAUCGUGGGUCGUCUGCUCUGAACCACUUCCUGAUCGGCGGCUCAUUCAGUUUUUAAGCUAACGCCCGUCCAGUGCACUGCCAUGUGUCCUGAUUCAACGCUAUUCUCUCUCUCUCUCUCUCUCUCUCUCUCUGUAUGAAUGAACGACUUUGUAUUUAGUUUGUAAUUUAAAUUUCUUUCCCGUUACUCUAGUCUUACCUGAUAGUCUUGAUAAUUUAAAAACAAGUGUAAAUGAUGUACAGUUUCCAUUUUAAAGGUUGGAGGUCCUGCGCGUUUUCGGCGUGACGAGGUUUCUCGCACGUCUCAGUAUUUCAGAGAGGAGUCGAUACGAACGCGGGCGAAGGCGUGGAGGUUUUAGUGCCGGUACGCUCAAGCUGUUACGUACGGGUAAAAUCUGACCAGUCACAAUAAUGCAUUAAACACUGAAUCAUUUUUAAUCGAUUAUAUUUUUUCACACCAAUGAUUUUUCCGCCGACGCGAAUCCGAUACUCGUGGCGUUUUAACACGUCAGGCACGUGGGACAAUUACGGAUGCUCCAUAGAGAGGAAAAAAAAAUGAGGAAUUUAUCAUCUUAAAGUCUUGAUUGUUUUCAGGUGCAUGGUUUUUUUUGUUUUUUGUUUUUUUUCCCCCCCUUUUUUAUUUUAUUUUGCAUUCUUUGUACAGUCCAGCCGGGAAAAAUCGAACCGUUUCCACUUUUCUUACACGUCUUUAAAUCCCUUUGAGUUUGUUAUGAUGUAAUAAAACUGUAAUUCACCUGUAAAA